AUGCGUUCCUUGGAUCCCGGCAAGACAGCGCUCAUGGGCGUACUUGCUGCCGGCGAGGACGAGGGUGAGAUUGUUGGCCACGUCCUGCUCAACGGCCGGGAGCUCCCUCUCUCAUUACAGCGUGCCACUGGCUACCCCCCGCCGAUUCUACGCCAGAGGAAGCUUGCCUACGUUGACGAGAUAAUUGACCAUCUCGAGCUCCAGGACAUUAAGGACGCCAUCAUCGGCGUCUCAGGGGAUGUCUUGGUGUCGAGCGUGUCACUUAUCGGCGUUGAGCUCGUCUCGCGCCCCACUAUACUUUUCCUCGACAAGCCCGCUUCCCGUCUCGACGGCCAGAGCUCGUUAAUGAGUGUCGGACUCCUCUAG